AUGAAUAAUAAGAGGAUUAAAAAGUAGAAAGGCAGCAGAAUUCAAUAGGAAAAUCAGCAUUUAAACACAUCUGUGCCUGAAUGUAAGUUCAUUAACCAGAGCUUUGAUCACUCCAAAAAUCGAAACAAGGAAGUUGAGCAGAGCAAGAAGGGUCAUCAUAGAAGAGUGAGAACUCAUACUAACGAUGACUUCAAUGUGCUUCUAGGCUUGAAUAGAAUUUCUGAAAAUAUGGCCACUCUUCAAAAUGAAGAUAAUCAGUCACAAUAAUAGAGUUUCUUAAAAAAUCAAAAGUUAAGAUAAUCUUAGCCAAGAAUUUACUCUCACGGUGACUAGAUUUAGGCUCUAUAAGAUCCCUAGAUAAUUACAAAUAAAGAUGAUUCGAUGUAUAAAUCAGAGGUUUUCUCCAGAUAACACCUCAAUAACAUUAGAAGUAUUGCAUCAACUGCAGCUUCUUCUUAAAUAUGCUAAUUAAUUGGCAACGAUGAAAAUAAAAAUAUAAUUACUUAAGAAAACUAAAUAGCCAUUGGACAAAAUACACUCUUUACAGCAAAGCACUCAAGAGAAAAUUCGGAUUCUCAAAUUCAUCCAAACCCAAACUUAAGUUAUCAGUUUGCUUUAAUGUCAGCAAAGGAGCACAAACGAGAAUUCUAAGCUUAGUCUGAGUAUGAAGAUUCUCAAUAAAGCGAAAAGUAGAUAAUUUCUACCAUAUAUCAGCUACUUGAAGAGGCUAAGAUCCGAUAAUAAUAGACUUAAGAUGAUUGCUUUGUAAAGCCUUUCAGCACUUUCAAAAACAGCUCUGAGGCAGCAUAUCAGUCUCAUAAAUCAUUUUCAAAACAAAGAGAUAUGAGCAUUAAUUUAAAUCACAACGGUGAAAGUUGUGGAAUUAAUAAUAACAAUUAAAGUAUGAAUUAAUUAAAUAAUGAUCAGAAAUCAUAAGAAAGUACAAUAACGACAGUGAAAAUCAGAAACAGAAUAAAAGCGAAAUUAAGAAUUCUAGGUUGGCCAAUCUCUACAUGCGGAACGCUAAACUAAUUCAGAAUGACUCAUUAAAAUGAAAUUCAAAUCAGGCAGAGCAGGAAUCAUGACACUGGAGCCCCAAUCUUAUAUUCAAAAUCACAUCAAAUCGGUAUAAUCAUUAAUAGACCUGAAAAUUAAAUAGCUCAAUAGCAAAAUGAAUUGGCUCAGGAUAAAACUAUCUCACGUUAAACUAUUGUAGCUAAAUACAAAGGUAAAAAUCAACAAUUUAGAGACAAAUUACGGAGACAACCAGCUAAUCAAGAAAUGGCCAUUCAAUUCGUUAGAACUCAACCAAUUCAAGCAGAAGAUCUAAGAACUUAAAAAAUUAUUUAAAUUUCCACAAGGAUCCUAUAAAAAUAAUGCUUGAGAAACAUAAGAUUUGUAAACGAAGCUUUACUUAAGAAUUUACAAACAAAAUAACGAUUAACAAAUAGAAGAUUGCUAAAAUACUAAUGCUUCUGA